GCCUGCUGGAGUCCUCCUCGCUCUGCCUGUUUCUGCGGCUGCUGCUUCCGGCUCGGGGGGACUCGCAGUGCAGGUGGCAGAAGAGGGAGGCGGCGGCGGGGAGCAGGACUUGUCCUUCGACGCCCACUGGACAGAAAAAAGCAAAGUCCUGUGCUGUCGGAUCUGCCGCCAUGGGGAACAUUUUUGGCAACCUGCUGAAGAGCCUGAUCGGCAAGAAGGAGAUGCGCAUUCUUAUGGUGGGGCUGGAUGCUGCCGGGAAGACCACUAUUCUCUACAAGCUCAAACUGGGAGAGAUUGUCACCACCAUCCCAACUAUUGGGUUCAACGUGGAAACAGUGGAGUACAAGAACAUCAGCUUCACUGUGUGGGAUGUGGGUGGCCAGGACAAGAUACGGCCUCUGUGGCGGCACUACUUCCAGAAUACCCAGGGUCUGAUCUUUGUGGUGGACAGCAAUGAUCGGGAGCGAGUGAACGAGGCGCGUGAGGAGUUGAUGCGGAUGCUGGCCGAGGAUGAACUGCGGGAUGCCGUUCUCCUUGUCUUUGCUAACAAGCAGGACCUCCCCAAUGCCAUGAAUGCGGCAGAAAUCACAGACAAGCUGGGCCUGCACUCGCUGCGCCACCGCAACUGGUACAUCCAGGCCACCUGCGCCACAAGUGGAGACGGCCUCUAUGAAGGCUUGGAUUGGUUGGCUAACCAGCUGAAGAACAAGAAAUGAGUGUGUGUGGGGGGGGAACGGUGGGCUACGCCCCCCUUCUCAGUUCCAUUUUGGGUUGAUCCCCCCCCCUCUCCCAGCCCCCUUCUCCCGCCUUUCUUUCCCUGUUGGGUUUGCUUUUCCCUUGCCGGCACCGGUUGCUGUGGGGUUGGGUGGGUUGGGGUCAACUUUUGGUUCCCCCUCUCUCUUUCUUGGGUUCUGGCUCUGCCGGGAUUUUUUUGCACGGUCUCUGUGUGUGCGCGUGCGUGUGUGAUAAAUAUAUAUAUAGAGAUAAUAAAAUAUAUGGGCAUGGUGGGAGGGAUUCGGGCAAGUGGGGGUUGGGUGCCAAUUCUGUGGCCUUCCCCCCUUUUUUUUCUUCUCUCCUUUGGUCAGUUUUGUAUUUUCUUGGUGGUCUGUGAAACUUGGCUCUCUGACCAGAGGUGACCAGUACUCCGUGGCAGCUGCUUUCUUAUUUUCAUGUGCUGUUGGUAUGGGCGGGGUAGGGAAACAAGGUGAAAUAGCCAGGAGGUAGAGGGGGUGCGUGGGGGGGGGGUGUAUAGCCACAAUGUGUGCUGGGAGGCAGGGACUAAUGGAUUUAGCACACUGCAAGAUUGGAGCCCCUCUAGAAUAUAGGGCUGCAGAUUAGCAACAGGCUCCUUUAUUCCCUCCUGGGGGUGGCGGUGGGGCAGGGAUGAUACGACUUCCUUCUGUCCCGUUCUCUCCCCCAUGCAGUCUUUCCGUCCUCGGUAUUGGACAGUGCCCCCUGCUGGCAACACUGAGAUUGCAAUACUGGAAGUGCUGUUCUGUGAAUUUCAUGAAAGAUGCAUGAAGUUAGCUACUCUGUGCUGCUAAGGAACGGAAUUGUUUACAUCUCAGCCUUUAGACCAAAUGGCACUGGAGCAUUCAACGAGACACACGCAUUCCUUUGUCUGCUCCCCCCUUCCCCCACGGACCACCAUUAAUGGGCAUUGGUAUGGGCUGUUGCAGUAGAUUUGGGACCACUACUCUCCAAAGCUGCCCAUGCAGAUACAGCAAAACGUUCCCCCUGCCGCUGUGCACCUUCCAUUGAAUAAGUGUGUGUGUACACACACAUGCACUGGGGCAUCCCAGUGGUUAAAUAUUUCCCUCAUCAUUAAACUGCUGUUUCCUCCCUUGGGAAGCUUCUCUAGGGUGUAUUUUUUCAUAGCUGCUAACUGCAUCGGUCUUGCCUCACUUGACGGGUCACUCCCUUCUCUCAUUCCCCCGACCCUUCAACGUUCUCUGGCUCCUGUAAGGUUAUUUCCAUGUUUGCAGAAAUGGCGGAGUCUUUUUUUUUUUCUCCCCCUGAAUUAUUUUGGGGGAGAUAAUGAUUGUAUUAAGUUCAAACCCAGUUCACUGCAUAUAACUCUAUGAUCUGCCUCUAAACAGUGUUGGUAAUACGUGCUCCCUUCCCCCAUCUUGACAAAUAUGUAUUUACUCCUUUCCCCCCCCUCCCCCACCACAGAUAAAACUCCAGCUCCCUUUGCUUGGUGUAAAGUGAUCUCCCCCUUUUCUGAUUUUGUCCAUUCUCUGGGCCAUGACCCCCCAUGUGUGUGUUUCUCAGCCCCCUGAACGGUUGGAUGCACCAAGAUCUCUGUGCACCCCCCCCCCCAUUGGAUAUUAAACUUGUUUUAUGUA